UAUGAUAACAGAACUUUUGACACCUGAAAGAAAAAAAUAAAAAGGAAAACAUAUCUAGGCAGGGCUUGCCCACUUUGUCUUGGACCCUUUCCUUCAAUUAGAGAGCCAUUUCGGGGUCUUAUUCAAGACAAUGAUAGGAGGCUAAGCCUGUGCUAUUAGGUUGGAAAGAAGAUCCUGAUUUAUUUAUGUCACCUCCCUCUAUCGUU